CUGCUGCUGCUGUUGCUGCUGCCCACGCCCCCUGUCCUGACACGUGUGCGCAGUCUGCUCAAGCUAACCUGUCCCCCGCUGUUGUCCUCUCUCGUCUUGUGUGGAUGGGCUUUGUUGCUUGACACUUGCUGUGUUUGGGCGACAUAGGAGCAUCAAGACAUGUUCCAGAACCGCGUCGUGUUCUGUCCGCAUCACCGGUACAACCUGAGGAUAUGUGACCGGCUAUAUGACGAGAUUGGACCGAACGCUGUGGGAUACCAUGAGGUUGUUCGAGCAGCCCAGUAUCUGACCAACCUCAGACGCGAUCUUGCAGCAGAAGUGAAGCGAGGCAAGAAAGGCGCCACGGAGCGCCUCGCAAUUGUCAACAUGGUUUCCUUUACUCUCGCACGACGACUUGAAGAGAGUCCCGAGCCUAAACCAGAGCAUCUAGUCUUUGCGGCGCACGCAGUAGCCAUGUGCUUCAAUUUUUGCGUGCUGUGCCUCUGCUUCAACCGAGCUGACUUCCAUCCCAAGAAUGAUUCUUCUGACGACGACGAUGACGACGACGACGACGACAACGACGAUGACGACGAUGACGACGAAGAGUAGCCCUGCUGGACGUCUGGACUUGAGCAUGACCUUUGUUUUCAAGAGGCCCACUUUGUAGCCCUUCGCUCCUCUCACCAUCACUCGCCACAUACCUGUCUCCUUUUUGUUGUCCCUGUCCCUGUUGCUGUCUGUUUGCCGUGCACGUGUUUGUGCUCGCACGUGUGUUGCCUCUACCCUUCGCUUAUGAGAUUGCUGCUCAUUUCGUGGCUUUGUUGGCUUAGUCGACUUACCUGUCCCCAACUGGAAUACACAAACAAGCAUUCAUAGCAGCAACGUUAAACAGCAAGCAUCGGUG